CUGCUGAUGCUGCUGCUGCCGCCUAAUUUCGUCCCCUUUCCAGGCGAGGCACUGUUAAUGUAUAACGAGCCUUGCGGCCCGUCUGGUCUUCCAUACACCAGUGGCUGCCUCUCGUAAAGUUGCUGCGUCAAUUUCAGCUUUAACUUUCACUUUUGAUUUUCAGUCGUUGAACUGUCUGUUUUCUUUUGUCUCUUUUCUCACUUUACAAUACUUCGACAGGAAAAAACACCAGCAACGAAAUACAGAAGAGGUAAUGGCUGACAUCUACGGCAACCAGCAGAUAAAUCGCAAGAUGGACAGUGGUCUGAAUAAGGAAGGCAGUCGACUUGAAGAGGCCAUGAAAGAGCUGGAAAUAUGGAAGGCUAAAGUAGAGAAAGCUGAUGAUGUGAAAGCCAGGCUGAUAUUGGAAAAACUGGAACAAGAUGAAGCCAAGUCACAGGCCCAGCAAGAGAUGUUUGCUUGUGUCACAAAGCAAGAGGAGAGUCAGAAGGAAUACACUAAAAGCAUGAAUGCACUGCAGGAGAAAAUCCUGAAGCUUGGUAAACGCAAACAGGAUUUGCUGGACCAACUGAGGAGAUAUCAAGAUGAAUUGGAGGCGAAGAGGGCCGAGUCCACCAAACUGAAGCAGAAAUUCAAGUUUGUUCCUCCACCUGUCCAGAUCUACGUCCAGAUUCCAGACACAGAGGUGAAGUUCAUAGCUGAGAAUAAAGGGGAGACGGGGGAUGACUGUCAGCCAAUCAGAGGAGUUUUUGCCAUCCAUCAGAGACCCACUGUGCUUCUGCAAGGAGGACAGGCACUUAUCACGUUUGAAGAGGAGAAAGUGGCCUCUCAGAUCCUGAAGAUUGCCAAGUGCUCUGUGCCCUGUGACAACAUCAGUGUGGAUGUGAAACCAAAAAGAAUAAAACUGGAUCCUGCUGUUAAGUUUGAGGUCCACCUUGACGUUUCCAGAAAGGCGCUCAAGGUUUCCAGCAUCCCCUCUUCCAUGCCAGAGGAGAGAAUGAAGGACCAACUGGUGAUUAGUUUCUGCAGGCCCAGCAGAGGAGGAGGAGAAGUGGAGAGUGUGGAGUACGAUCAGAACACUGGGACGGGACAGAUCACCUUUCUCCACCCUGGAGUUGCUGAGAGCCUGGCCCUGAUAGGGAGGUACCGUGUUGAUGUGGACUCUGAAGUGAAUGUUGGACCCAUUUACAAAUACCAGCUGUGCAAGUUUCAGACCUACUGUGGCUCGCCAAAGCGAACCAUCCUCCUGGAUGACAUUGAGGAUGUAGAAGAUGAGGAGGACCUGCAGGACCACCUGGAGAUCCAUUUCCAGAAGCCCAGCAACUAUGGUGGUGAGAUAGAAAGCAUCAAGUACAUCUCCAGUGAAAAGGCACUGCAGGCCUUCCUCUGUGAGGACACAAUGGAAUAGGAUGAGUGACUUGAACCACCAGGAGCCAAACCUCAUACAGAUACAUUAUAUAAGGGGAUAGAACAUCAUAUUUGUGAUUUGUUUUUGAUUAUUUCAAAGAAUCUUGUAUAUUUCUUGUCCGAAUUUCAGCAGAUUUGCUGUUCUGAGAGUUGGUGAUUAUAUGAAUUUGAUUCAGUGUUUGCAUAUAACAUGGUGAGGGGUAUUUUGGUGGCCAUUGGCAAGACCAGUGUGAUGUUCCACCCAGUGUCCUGACAUGUAGAUAAAUGUGUGUCUCAGAGUAAUGUCACAGCCUAAUUGUAUGUAGAUGCAUGGUCCUGGACGGGGUUUGACAGCCACACAAUCCUUUGAAAAGUCCUUUAGAAAAUUGUAUUUUUGGUUUGUUCAUGUUACACAAUACCUUUUGUUUGUGUUGAUUCUCCUUCCUGUUGCACUUCCUCACAAGUGCAACAGACCUAAGCUGGUGUAAAGGGGACUGUGUUAUUGCAUCAUAAAUUGUCAAAUAAAAUCUUGAAAAGA